AUGGGUCUCGGUAUCUUGUCAGAUUCUCACCUGGGGGAGAACGUCCCAGGAACCUCAUUACUCGAUGACUUGCACAGUCGCAGUGCCCGACACAUUGAUCCUUCCGACCCAAACGUGAAACGUGGCAAGGACGGAAUUAUCCUUGUUCCACAACCUUCUGAUUCCCCGAAUGAUCCAUUAAACUGGCCGUUAUGGCGCAAAGCAAUGCUUAUGGUCACGGUGACAUAUGGUGCUGGUGUUGUGGGUGCUUUUGGACCGAUCCUUGGAGCAGGGCUUGUCCAAGUUGCUCAAGCCCUAAACACGACUAACGAUGAGCUAUCAAAGAUCACGGGAGAUACAGUUCUCGCAAUCGGACUGGUUCUGAUUCUGACUGCACCUGCCAGUGUCAUAUGGGGGCGAAGACCUUUAUUCUUACUUGGGAAUGCCUUCUUACUAGCAAGUGCAAUCUGGAGUGCUCUGGCACAGGACCUAGGAAGCUUGACGGCGAGCCGUGUCAUCGGUGGAAUGGGUAUGGCUCCAAUCGAAUGUCUUGUGGAAGCAACCAUCUCUGAUAUUUUUUUCGUCCAUGAGAGAGGGAAGUGGAUUGCUGUUUGGAGCUUCGCUCUUCUUGGUGGUAUUUGCGGAGUGUACAUUGUAAACGGAUACCUUAUACAAGAUGUAUCGUGGCGGACAUGUUUUGUCAUUGAAGCUGCACUGUGCGGCGUUCUGCUCAUUCUUACAUCCUUAUUUGUUCCAGAAACAGCAUACGUCCGUCGCUCUCGUGGUGAAGUGGUCCCAGUCGAUGAGGUAAGCUCUAGUAAGAAAGUGGAGGGAGCGGAGCCGGAAGGCAUUGCGAAGAAGACUUCCUCCGAAAUGAACUAUGGCAAUGUUCACGAAGUACCCGAUGCUGUUGAUGACGUCGAAAGAAUACCAAGCAAAGAAACACCAAAGACAUUUUUGCAACUGAUGAAGCCUUGGUCCCCUCAUCGUUUUUCGAACGAGAACUUUUUCAAGAUAGCUUUUCGUCCGUUUACCAUCGCUCUUAGCCCAGUAGUGAUGUGGGGUACGCUCGUUUAUGGGAUGACGAAUGCUUGGUUGGUUGCAUUAUCUGUAUCCAUCUCUCUUCUCUUCUCCGACCCACAGUUCGGAUAUGGAUUCAAUGCCGGGAUAGUAGGACUGAUUUCAGGAGUCGGACCGUUCAUUGCUGCAUUUAUCGGUAAUUUCCUCUCGGGUCCUCUGAGCGACUGGACGGUGACCUUUAUGGCCCGACGGAAUCAUGGUAUCUACGAACCUGAAUUCCGUCUGCUUGUGAUGAUCCCGAUGUUCAUAGCAACAACAAUUGGUUGGUUUGGAUGGGCAAUUAGUGCACAUCUCGAGCAGCUGUGGAUUGGACCUGAAAUAUUUUACUCCUUAAUCAAUUUUGGACAAGCAGUUGCGUCGAUCGCUGUGGUGUCCUAUGUUGUCGAUGCUCAUCCUAAUUAUGCGCCUGAGGCAUUUGCGGCAAUCAACUGCCUAAAGAACAUCUUCGCGUUCGGUGUGACAUAUUUCGUUACCCCAUGGAUUCUUAACCAAGGCGUUCUCAAAACAUUCUGUGUAAUAGGUGGCAUCAAUGCCUGGGUUUGUCUGAUGACUAUACCAAUGUAUAUUUGGGGGAAGCGAGCACGAAGUUGGGUGCAUCGAACACCUUGGAUGCUUGCAUAA